UGUCUGUAAAGAGUGACCAUUCAAAGGGAGAUGGAUCAGACGUCAAUGAGAAAAGACCAUCACCUGCCAAAAGUAACAAAGGACAUAAGACCACAGUUAAUAUUGGUGCUGAAAUUAAACGGUGGGAAGCUCUGAAAGCACAGAAGGGAUUGAAGAGUGAUGUGGAACUGGCAACUUUUCUUCUCAACAGGGUUCAGUUUGAGAAAUCGGACUCAAACUACAAGAAUUACAGCAACCGCAAGAAUUUCAGAGAAAAUCUCCUCUGGAUCUUCAAGGAUCUUGAGAAAAAAAUAACUGCAUUUCUGAAGAAUGAGCUGCAAAAGUUUAAAAAAAUAUUAAAUAGAGAGAAUACACAGUACUUUGUGCAGGACUUUAUAGAGGAGAUGCGUGAUAUCAAAGAAGCAACUCUUGAUAUCACACUCUUCUUCCUAAAAGAUUUGAAUCAAUGUGAGGCUGCAGAUGCACUACAAGAUGAGCUGGUCCUCAUUCAUCAGCGACCACUAAAAUCAAACCUGAAGAAGAAAUAUCAAUCUGUAUCUGAAGGAAUUGCAAAGCAUGGUGACUCCAAGCUUCUGAAGAACAUCUACACAGAUCUCUGUAUGACUCUGAGUGUUAGUAAACAAGUCAAUAUCCAACAUGAAGUAAGACAAGUUCAAGCUGCUGAUAGGCGACAUCAAUCACUUCAAGUUGAUUCCACUUCCAAAGAGAUUCCAGUUGAAUGCAAAAAUUUGUUUGAAGCACCUGAACAAGACAAGGAGAUCAGAACUGUACUGACAACAGGAGUUGCUGGCAUCGGAAAAUCAAUCUCUGUGCAAAAGUUUAUUGUGGAUUGGGCUGACGGUAAAGAAAAUCAGGACAUUACUUUCAUAUUUCCUCUUGUAUUUCGAGAAAUUAACUUAAAGGAGAAAGAAACACAAAGCUUGACAAGACUUAUAAGUCAGUUUUUCCCAGAGAUAAAAGGACUAAACCUUGCAAGAAAUUAUAAAUUUAAAUUACUGUUCAUCCUUGAUGGUUUGGAUGAAUGUCGUCUUCCUCUAAACUUUGAGGGUAAUGAGAUUUGUCGUGAUGUAACAUCACAAGUCUCUCUGGAUGUUCUCCUCACAAACCUGAUCAAGGGAAAUCUGCUUCCUUCUGCUCUCAUCUGGAUCACCACCAGACCAGCAGCUGUCAGCAAGAUUCCUCCUGACUGUAUCGACCGCGUGACAGAGAUACGAGGAUUCAAUGAUGCACAAAAGGAGGAGUACUUCAGAAAAAGAUUCACAGAUGCGGAUCUGGCCAGUGAAAUUAUUGAUCAUGUUAAACAAUCAAAGAGUCUUUUUAUCAUGUAA